AUGACGGGACGGGACGGGACAGGACAGUGUAAGGGAUGUUACUUCGGUGGCCGGUCCUACACCUUGGAGGAUACCUGGCAUCCUGAUUUAGGGGAACCCUUUGGCAUUAUGCACUGUGUGGUGUGCACCUGCGAGCCGCAGAGAAAUCGGAGAGGGAAACCUGCAGGCAAAGUCAGCUGUAAGAACAUUAAGCAUAGCUGCCCCAAGCUUCCUUGUGCUGACCCUAUUGCUCUCCCAGGACAAUGUUGCAAAUCCUGCCCCAAAGCCCCUGCCAAAACCCUGGAGAAAAUAUCUGAGCAGCAGCUGUUUGACAAGAUGGAGUACUUUCAGGAGAGAGAAGAUGGCUUACACAGGAACUACAACGACCGUGCCUACUUCAGCUCGGAGGACUUGAUCCGAGACGACAGCCAGAUAGAUUUUGUGGCGUUGCUGAUCGGGGGCUCAGAUCCGAGGGGGGCUGCAACCAGCGCAGUGGCCAAAGCCAAAUUCACUUUCACACAGUUGCAUCUAAUCUUCUCCAUUAACUAUGAAAGGCUGAGCCAGCCAAUCCGUGUCCGUUUCUUGGAGCCAGAUGGGACUGUCCUUUUUGAACAUCCUGUACAACAGGGCACCAUCUGUGGUAUGUGGCGGAAUUUGCAGAAGGCCUCGAUCCGAAUGUUGAAGGUGGAUCAAAUGCGCAUCACCCUGAUCACCCAGACUCAUCCUGCAGGGCAGGUUCAAGGCCAGAUUGUCAAGCAUCGGGCUCUCUUUGCAGAGACUUUCAGCGCCAUUUUGACGUCCAUAGACCCGACUCACCUUAACAUGGGAGGCAUCGCUAUGCUUACUCUGAGCGACACCGAGAACAAUCUGCAUUUUGUCCUAGUUACUAAGGGGUUUCUGGAGUCGGCAGAAAAAAAAUCGGAUCGGAUCCCUCUAAGGGUGCAAAUCUUACACCAGGACAGCGUUCUGAGGCAGGUUCUGGCUAAUGUCACCUUACAGGACCCCGAUUUUGCAGAGGUGCUGGUCGUAUUGGGGAGUCAGGAGAUGCACUGGCUGGCCCAAGGGCAGCUGAGGAUGACCGCAGAGGUGGAAGGUGGAGUCCGUCGCAAGUUAGCUGGGUACAUCACGGUCCGAAGAAGCUGUGACACCAUACAGAGUGUACUUUGUGGAGCAAAUGCGUUGAUACCCACCCACACAGGGGCAGUGGGCUCUGCCAAGGUUGUGCUACAUGAAAAUGGGACAUGGGAGUAUCAGAUCCAGGUAGACGGAACAGGAAGUGAGGUGAUUGGUGUCACCUUGGAGACCAAACCCCGCCGAAGAAACAAACGCAGCAUUUUGUAUGACAUGACCCACAGCUACAAGGGUGGCAUGGCCAGUGGCUCCUGGACCCAAGCCAGCGGGCGCGAUGCCCACAUGCUGCUGCAGAAUGAGCUGUUCUUGAAUGUCGCCACCAAGGAUUUUGAGGAUGGAGAAUUGCGGGGACAGAUAAACUCCAUGCUCUACAGCGGACUCUGGGCCCGUUAUCAAGAACUUCCUAUCCCUCUGGCUGGGCAAUUUGUGUCCCCUCCGGUGCACACAGGCUCUGCUGGCCACGCCUGGGUGUCCUUGGACGAUCACUGCCAUCUGCACUAUGAAAUAGUGGUGGCUGGCCUGGGCAGGGUAGACGAUGGCACCGUGAGUGCGCACUUGCACGGUUUUGCUGAACUGGGAGAGAUUCACGAGACCAGCCGCCCAGAACACAGGAGACUGUUGAGGAGUUUCUAUGGCACGGAGGCCCAAGGAGUGGUGAAGGACCUGGAUGCGGAAUUCCUUCGCCACCUAGCUCAAGGCACAGCCUUCCUGCAAGUGAGCACCAAAGCAAACCCCCAGGGAGAGAUUCGGGGCAAGGUUCACCUUCCCAACCAAUGCAAGGCAGGGGGCCUCCGGCUGGCUUCUGAAGACCUAGAGAAAGAACCAAGGCCCAAGGACCCCAAAGAGUUGAAGAAAGACCCCAACGCCUGCUUUUUUGAAGGUCAACAUCGGCCCCACGGCUCCCGCUGGGCCCCCGAUUACGACAAGAAGUGUUCCGUAUGUACCUGUCAGAAGCGCACAGUGAUCUGCGAUCCGGUCUUGUGCCAGCCUCUCAACUGCUCUGAGCCAGUCCAUCAAAGUAACCAGUGCUGCCCUGUGUGCCAAGAGGGAAACGAAGAACAGAGAAGAGCCGAGAAAAUCCGAGACAGCAGCGAAGGAUGCUAUUUUGAUGGUGACAAGACGUGGAGACGAGCGGGCACGCAUUGGCAUCCUGUAGUUCCCCCGUUUGGACUCAUCAAAUGUGCGAUUUGUACCUGCAAGGGAGCCACGGGGGAAGUUCACUGCGAGAAGGUGCAGUGCCCCCAGUUGGCCUGCAGUAACCCCAUCCGGGUCAACCCAUCUGACUGCUGCAAGCAAUGCCCAGCCUCGGAGAAGACCUCAUCCCUGCUUUCCGACAUGAUGCAGGCUGACGGCCCCCGAGCUUGCAAGUUCGGGCGGCAGUGGUACAUGCACAACGAGAGUUGGCACCCUACAGUGCCCCCUUUUGGAGAGAUGAAGUGCAUCACCUGCUGGUGCCUGUCCGGGGAAACGCAUUGCCAACGCCAAGAAUGCUCUCUGACUUCUUGCUCCAGGGAAGAAAAAAAGGGAGACUCCUGUUGCACCCAGUGCCAAG